AACGAUUCCUAACCGGAUUGGUUCUCUAAUUUAUAUAAACUUUGAUUAGCUGGAACGAUUCCAGAUACAAUCCGACACAAAUGAACAAGGCCUAAAUGGGAAUGGAACCAAAAUAUUUUUUUUGGGGUUAAAAAGAGAAAAUCAUCAAUUGUCAUUACAACGUGCCAGGAGUGUUUGUCACAGAGACACAGCCACACAUGCGUCAUCAGAGAAGAGAGAAAAAUACGCCAAAAAAAAAAAUGCAACCAUGGCAUGCAUGUUGCCUACAAACAUCUCGUGGUCAACCAGAUAUGACUCGGUGUCUUGAGAAAAUUACAAAUCUCUCGAAUCACGGCUCGUUCUGCCUACCGGCAAAACAAACAAUUGACAAAUCUCUCUGUCUCUGAUGCAGCGGAAGCCGCCCAUGGCCACGCGGCCGUCGCUGCGGUCGAGCGACGGCGCGCGCCCAAGAAGCAAGAGCGGGGCCGGCAGGCCCCCGUCCAGCUCGCGCAGCCCCGGCCCGUCGCGCCCGUCCUCCGCGGCGGCGGCCGACAAGCCGGUGCCGUCCUUCCUCCGCCCCACCGUUAGCUCGUCCAUGCACAGCUCCUCGUCGUCCUCCUCUCUGCCGUUGCCCUGCGCCUCCUCCUCAUCCGCCGCAGGCUCCAAGGGCGCCGCCGCCGCUACGGCGAGGCGGUCCGCCGACAAGGCCCCGGCGCGGCCGGUGGGCGCGCCGCGGCCGAUCACGCCCAAGGACAGGGCCUCCGCGCAGCCUGUGGGCGCGCCGCGGCCGAUCACACCUAAGGACAGGGCCUCGGCGCAGCCGGUGGGCGCGCCGCGGCCGAUCACGCUUAAGGACAAGGCCCCGGCGCAGCCGGUGGGCGUGCCGCGGCCGGCCAAGGCCAAAGCGCCGGCUUCCGCGUCGCUGUGGGGCGCGGUGUCGCCGAGGCAGUUGAUGCAGAGGGCGUCCAACGCGUUCAAGGCUAGCAGUAGGUCCCGCAGCAAGAAGGGCAAGGAGGAGGCCGCGGCAUCAGCGUCGUCCGGCGGCAAGGGCGGCGCUGGUGCUUCCGCCAGGGCCAAAGGCCAGACGUCGAGAGCGCAGCACCAGCAGCAGCAGCCGGAGACGCCCGCCGAGCCGUCGCCUGCCGUGACUCCCUUGGAACUGGAAGCGGAGGAGCCUGUCCUGUUGGAGUCCGACGCUGCAGGCCAGAAUGGACAGGACGUCGCGACGUCGCAGGAGGCUGCCAGCACUGACAUCACGACUGUGGCGGUGAGGUGUCAAGAGGAGCAGGUCGGCGCAGGGCAGCCGAAGGAAAAAGCGGAGGCGGAGAUGUCGGAUUUGCAAGAGGAGAGGCCGCAGAGCAGCGAGGUCGUGGAGACAGAAACGGGGGCCCAUGAGCGCACGGACGAUGGCUCACCGGCCGUCGUUGGAGAAGCAGCAGCAACACCUGAGGGAGAAGAUGAGCUUGCAACCAGCGCGGCAGAAGAGAAGAUCGUCGAGGAGAUCCAGCGAGCAGAGGCGACUGAGAACUCGAAGGCGAACGCGAACCCUGAGGAACCAGACCAAGAAACCGGCGUGAUCUCCGAAGAACCCAAGGAGGGAACGAGCGUGGUCUCUGAAGAACCAAAACCAAAGGAGGCAGCUGAUCCUACCACUGCGCAGAAGCGCGAGGAGGCGUCCGACGAGCCAAAAACGGCUGCCGGAUCGAACGCGUCAGCUCCGACGACGCCACUGACAGAAGCGGCCAACUACGACGGCAACGACGACGUGGAGGCAACGCCUAAACAGGUGAGCGCUUCGGAGCCCGUGACGCCGGUGGCAGAAGGCAUCAGCAAGGGCAAGGAAGUGAUGGAGACGCAGCAGCAGAGCGCGUCGGCGCCGACGACGCCGGCGUCGAAGCAGGCGGCGAUCCCCGAGGACGCGGCGUCGGCGCUGGCGUUCAGGGGGCGCAGGGUGAGGACGGCCAUGGAGAGGCGGUCGGAGGAGGAGCAGCCCAAGCGGAAGGAGGUGGCGCGGAGCAACGACGUGAUCGAGGAGGCCAAGAGCAAGCUGAUGGAGAAGCGGAAGAGCAAGGUGAAGGCGCUGGUGGGGGCGUUCGAGACCGUCAUGGACAGCCCCCGGGCGAGCUGAUUCGAGUUUUUUUUUUUUGGAGGGAAGAUCGGUCGAGUCUCGACUGGCGCUGGCGGUGGUGUCUGUCUGGUUUGAAUUUUGGUAGGGUUCUCUUUGGAUCGUUGCUUUCUUGUUUGUUGGUCGGUCGUUUUGCUUCUUGUGAUCACUCGAACAAACGGAGAUGUGCGUCUCAUUCCUGAUUUGAUCAUUUAAUUUCUUGAUGAACCUGUUCUUUACGAGGAGAAAAUAGCAGCGUUUGUUUGGUUUUGA